AUGGACACGAGCGGCAACUCGCUGCCGUCCCCGUCGUGCCCCGACGGCAAGAAGCGGGAGCGCUACGCCGGCGGGUCGCUGGCCGCGGCGCGCGCGCUCGGCAGCGGCAAAGCCGACAUCGCCAUCAACUGGUCCGGCGGCAUGCACCACGCGUGCGAAGCGGAGGCCAGCGGCUUCUGCUUCGUCAACGACAUCGUGCUCGCCAUAAGGCGCUCCUCAAGUACUUACGUCGACAUCGACGUGCACCACGGCGACGGCGUCGAGACGGCCUUCCUCGACUCCAACCAGACGGCGGUGGCCAUCGGCAAGGAGAUCGACGACAACAUACCGGUGCACUGCUACGACACCUACUACAGUAGCCAAGGCUACAAGCUCCAUUACCCGGUGGACAAGAGACGCGAGAACAAAAACUCGAAAACCUACAUACAACGCACGAUGAGCGCGGUCAAGCAGAACCUCUCCCAUCUCGAGGCGGCGCCGAGCGUGCAGUUCCAGGAUCCGCCUGGGCCCGGCGGAAGCGGGAGCAUCGAUACCGAGCCGCUCUUCUACGAACAGGCCCCGCGAGAAGACGACGACCCCAUGGAGAGGCUGCAUCGGCUUUGUGGCGAGAGGAGGAGCGCUGCUUCUUCAGAGAGUUGGGCGAGAAGCGACAGGUAG